UAUUCUGUUGAUCUUUAAAUUUGUAGAACACUUCGAACAGAGGUAAACUAGAGAAAAAAAAAUCGGAAAAUGAAUUUUUCUUACAUUUCAGUUUUAGUUUUCUUGGGACUUUCUGUAGUAUGCCACGGAGUAACAAAUCCCUGUCGCCAAAAGUUCGAAAAUGGUCUGGAGAAGUGUUUUGAUGAGGCUGUUGGAACACAAGUUGAUGUAAUUCAGACUCUUAUGGGCAAAAGUCCUGGAAGCACAGAUACUAUUUGCAGCAAAAAAAGCCAGAUUGUGUCGUGCGUGAAAAAUGUACUCAAUACUGUGACAUUGAGUGCCACAUGUAAAAAGGAGCUGCCAGAGAUUGCCAUGAUUUCCACCCUUGAAGCCCGCUUACAGACAUUGAUUGGAGUCGUCUGCACUGAAAGCACACUUCCGCGUGUUGUUAAUCAUUAAUCCAUCCUACGCAUUACCACUCCAAAAAAGAAAGAUCAGCAGUUGGAGACCGCAGGGAAAACAUGUUAAAAGAAAAUAAAUGUACAUAAAUAUAUUGA